AUGCUCGAAAUCACAUCCCUCCGUUCACAACUCGCCCAGUACCAAUUCAUCGCCCACACCUCUUCCAUCCAACUACAAGGCUCCCGGCUCGAAACUUCUCUCACAAAUGAUAAGCUCGAGAAGACUCAUCGUGUCCAUGAGAGCCUGUUGAAAGAGCUAGAGAUACUCCGGGCGAACCCGCCCUUGCCGCCAGUCCAGUCUGGCUCGCAGGCAUUGACCGAACUUUCCCUCGCCCAUAGGAGACUGUCUUCUAAACUCGACUUGACCGAGAGCCGUCUGCUGUCCACGUCAUCCGACCUCGCGUCUGCUAAGCAUGCGCUUCAGCGACUUGUGUUGGAGAGGGAAGAGGAGAGGAGGGUGCUUAGUGAGGUGAAGCGCGUGGAAUGGGAGAAGGAGGAGGAGGUCGAGUGGGAGAAGGGGGAGAGGGGAAAGGCUGAGGGGCAGUUGAAGCUCCUAGAGUUGGCAUUGGAAGAGUAUAAGAAGCUCGUGCACAAGCUAGACCCGAACGCUGUCCCACCAGAUGUGCCCGCCAAGCCUACUUCGUCGUGGCUGACCUCUUCUGUUCAAGCGGAUGAUGCCGGUAUCGACAAGGAGGCACAUCCAUCAACAAAGGGAGAAGAGACCGAGGACAAUAUCGAAUCAUCGAAAGAAGCCAUCUCCAACCUCCUCAUCGGCCAACGCGGUGUCGCCCAGCUCUUCCACGACUUUACCAUCAGCCUCACCUCCAAAGACGCACUCAUAUCUUCCCUUCAAUCCCAGAUCGAUGCCCUCAAUACAUCACUCGCCACUGUUGAGGGGCAGUUGAAAGAAGAGACUGCCCGGCGGGUAGAGGUCGAGGAGGAGAAGGAAAAGGUGGAUCGGGAUGAUAAGAGUGCGGCGGGGGUGGUGGAGCGGUAUAUGACAUUCACGCAAAAGACGCACAAGACGGUGUAUAUGCACUUGGACAACCAGCGCACGAGGUCGCAAGCGACCAUCACCGCCCUCCGAGCUCAAGUCGGUGUGCUCAAGACCCAGCUUGCGGCUGAAGCCGCUCGGGCGCAAGGGCUGAGAGCGGCACUGGAUGAGCUCUCGUUCAGCUCGACGAGAGAGAGUGCGGGUAGAAGGAGAGAGAUUGCUCUGAGGUUGAGGAUGAUUGCGGAGGAAGAGAAGCGGGCGAAGAAGGUGGAGGUGUGGUCGGAGAAGGUCAAGAGGUUGAGAGAGGGAGUGGAAGGAGCGGUGUUGGAAGCCGAUGUCCUGGAGGGACUGUUAGAUGAAGGUCUGGAAGCCGCUUCUGGCUAUCUGCCCUCAUUAGAGGCGGGAGGGAUCGACGAAGGGAAACGCAAAAGCUGGCGGGGUAUUCUUCCUCGGCUUCGUAAACGCUCCUCCACCCACUUCCAAAACGGCGACCGCGACCCGGCAGAAGAAUCCCUUGCUCGUGUAUUACUCGCCGAAGACCUCGUUACCACCCUCGCUCAAGACUUGCAGAUCGAGCAAGAAAGGCGGAUGGAGCUGGAAAGGCAGAGAGUGGAAUGGCUGGCCAAGGAUGCUGUAGAAGGUGUCAAGGUCGAUGGGGAGCUUGAAUAUGGUGGAGAGGAGAGCAAGGUCUGGUUUGAUAUGGAGGGUGAAGGAGACGAAAAGGAUCAGUCGCCUAAAGCUCUUCAGGUUGAGGUACCUCCGCCCGAGACCAUCGAAGAGCCAGCUUCGCCCAUUUCGGAGCCCUCAUCAGAGCCUUCGUCUCCAUCACCAUCUCCAGAGAUAUCCACACUUCAUACCCUCUUCGACCCUAUCCAAACCCGCUACUCCCCUCUUCAAAGAAACCUACACGACCUCUCCCUCUCCCUCUUUUCACUGCGCGGCUCCAUCACGUCCGACCCCCCUCCGACUCCCUCUUCGCCGAUCAUGCCCACAAGUGGCAAGAAGGCAAGCUUCCUACCGCUCGCUCGGCUACCCCUGCCUUCACCGGGGGUUCCAGGCUUUGGAGGCAAGAUGUCGGCACAGACGACAAUCGAGACGUUGUCUGAUGCUUUGCACGAGGUGAUCGAGGACGCCCGUGUAGAUGUCGAGAUAGCUCUAGCAGACAUCGAACGUGUCUACCGCGGCUUUGAAGCUCUUCUCGACGUCUCUCCCUUGGCGCCCAACCCCAAAGUUCGCUCCGAAGCCGACCGGGUAGCCGUCUUGGGUGAGGCAGAAGAGUAUGUCAAGCAUGAAGAAGAGGGCGAUGAGUGGAAGAGGCUGGAAAGAAAGGUGGGAGAGGUUGAAGCGGAUUUGGCGGGUUUGAAGCGGGUUUUGCACUCGCUCGAGGGGAUGGCUUUGGAGUCGCAGCGUGAUGAUGAAGAGGAGAAUGUUUGGCAGGGAGUGCAAUUCAAGACAAUCUCAUUGCAACCGCGUCAUCCUUCUCCUCUUCCGACUCCGCUCGUAUCUCCUCUACCGGAGGACCAAAGCAGCCCAUUCCCAUUCUUGUCCCCCUCCUCAUCCACAACGUCUCUCGCUUUCCCCACUUCUGCUCGACCUCCGCAUAUCCGUCAAGCUUCCCUCACGGGUAUCGGCGCCAGAGGCGGUGGUACUGAAGAAGAAGGGCGAAGACGAACGAGCAGCAUGAACCCGAUGCAUAUCGGGAUGGGACGGGGGAUGCUGGCGAGUGUGGGUAAUGUGGGGAGGAGCUUUUCGGCGGGGGUUGUUGGUGGAGGGAAGAGAGUUGGGGGGUUGGCUAGUGGGCUGUAUAAAGGCGCAGGGGAUAAGCCUGAUGUGGUAGUUACGGAAGAUCCUGCAAAGGAGGAGGCAGAAGAGGCAGAGGAGGAAGAAGAGAGCAGCGAGGAAGAGAGCGAGAGUGAAGAGCUGGUUAGAAUGACAGAUGAUGUCGAAUAG